AUGCCCUAUGAUUCUAUUUUAACUCGUUCAAAAGCAAAUGAAGAUAAUUUAAAAAAUUCAAAUAAACUUGAUAACUUUAAAGGAGCUCAAAAAAUUGAAAACUCUAAUAUUGAAAUACACAAUAGCUUAUCUCAACAUAAUGAAGAAGAUUUUUCUACAAUAAAUGAAAAUAUCUUAUUUUUAAUUAGAUCAAAUAAACGAUCAUCAUUAUCAUUCUUAUAUUUUCAUCAUAUUCUUUUAGAUAUUUUUAAAAUCCUCUCUUCUCAUACUGGUCAAGCAAUUUCAAAUAUAAUUUUAUCACUUUUAGAUGAAUAUAAAUUAGAAAACAAAAUUUUAAUAUUAACUUCUGAUAAUGCUAGCAAUGUUAUUUUAGCUAGUAAUUUAGUUAAAACUAUGCUUGCUA